GAUCGUGGAUAUCUACGAUAGAAGAAAACGCGAAGCUAAGGGAAAUUAAAAGAAUAUAUCUAUUCAUCUUGCCCUCCGUCUUUCUCUCUAUUUCAAGUCUUUGCCUCUUAUCUCUCUCUUGGGUUACCCCCAUCAGCUUCUCUAAUUGAGAAAAGAGGGGACUAAAAAGUGAAGGGAGUGAGAGGGUUGGGACGGUGGCACACGGUAGCGCCGGGCCCUCUUAUUCUACGUUCUGGUUAUCUUUUCGGCGAUUCUUUUCUAUAUAUCUUUCCCAACAAAGGUCGCUUCGUUCCUACGGCAAUUUCCAAUUUGACACAGAACCCAAAGAAAAAAAAAAAAAGGGCGAUUCUGAGCUUUGCUUCUUUCUUCAUAUUUAUUCAUUCUACUCUUUUGAACUCUGGCGGACCGAAAAGGAACCUUAUCGUUCUUUCGAUCAUCCCUCUCUAUAAUCUUACAAUAUUGGUUUGAUUUCAAAUCUAAAAAAAUAAGUGGAGAGGGAUUUACAGAGUUAAGAUGCUUUGGAUAAUACAAUUCUCUGGCUUCUUUUCAGCUGCAAUGGUGAUGAUUGUUCUCUCUCCUUCACUCCAGUCGUUUCCUCCAGCUGAAGCCAUUAGAUCCUCUCACCUCGACAGUUACAUCCGGUUACCGUCGUUUCAGGUGUCCACAUCACCAGACUCACAGGACGAUAGAUUCUCUUUCCGAAAGGCUUUCGAAUUUCGCAAUGCCGAUGAAUGUGGCUUCGCCGACCACCAAACCACUGGCGUUUGUGAUCCUACUUUGGUGCAUGUGGCUAUAACACUAGAUGUUCAGUACCUCCGUGGGUUAAUCGCUGCCGUUCACUCCAUUCUCCAGCAUUCAUUGUGUCCAGAGAACGUUUUCUUCCAUUUCCUUGUCUCAGAGACCGAUAUGGAAACCCUCGUUCGAUCAACCUUCCCCCAAUUGAAAUUCAAGGUUUAUUAUUUCGAUCCUGAGAUUGUACGAAACUUGAUAUCGUCUUCAGUUAGGCAAGCGCUUGAACAGCCGUUAAAUUAUGCUAGAAAUUACCUAGCGGAUCUGCUAGAGCCAUGCGUACGAAGAGUGAUUUAUUUGGAUUCUGAUCUGGUUUUUGUUGACGAUAUCUCUAAGCUAUGGAAUACCAACUUGCGCUCACGAACAAUUGGAGCACCGGAGUAUUGUCAUGCCAACUUCACAAAAUAUUUUACUAACAGUUUCUGGUCGGACGAUCGAUUUUCAGGAACUUUCAGAGGAAGGAAACCAUGUUAUUUUAACACGGGGGUGAUGGUGAUAGAUCUGGUGAGAUGGAGACGGGCCGGGUUCACUAGACGGAUCGAAAGGUGGAUGGAGAUCCAGAAAAGCAACCGAAUCUACGAGCUUGGUUCCUUGCCGCCGUUCUUGCUAGUUUUUGCGGGCCGCGUGGCGCCCAUUGAGCAUAGAUGGAACCAACACGGGCUGGGUGGGGACAAUGUGCGGGGAAGUUGUCGAGACUUGCAUCCGGGUCCGAUUAGCCUCUUGCAUUGGUCCGGCAGCGGCAAGCCAUGGCUUAGGCUGGAUUCAAAAAGGCCAUGUCCGCUUGAUGCUCUAUGGGCGCCAUAUGACUUGUACAGACACCCACAUUGAAGUCCCAGUUGGCAUAGUCCUCGCUGCUGCUGGACCUACAUGGUUGCUGGUGGUGAAAUCAUGAAAGUCAUCAGAUACUAAUAGCUUUUGACCUCAAUUGUUCUAAUCAUAUGCUAAUCCCGUUAGUUUUAAUCAUUUGGCGAGGUUCGAUGAUUCUAAGGAGAGGUUGCCACGGCCGCCGUCCUGAACCUAAAUUAGGUCUAUAUAAUAUGGCUUUUACAUAAUUUGGGUAUUGUUGCAGGCUUUAGCUGCAAGUAGACUAGCUAAGUGGGACAGAUUACCACAUGGAUGAUUGAAUUUCUUUGCCACUCCAAACUACAUUAUAAACAUGUUCUUGUGUGGGGAUGCAUACAUACGCCUAGCAUUAUAUUUAAUCAAGUGAGCAGGAAUUUCAGCUUUUGUUUCACUUUGUGUCAAUGUACCAGAAAAUAUCCCUUGUAGCCUGCUUUUGUCAUGAAAUGGAGAGAAAAAUACCUAAUUCGAAAUUGGAACUCAUUUAGUUUAUAGAAGGUUAUGGAUUUAACAUUUAUUUGCAACUUUGUUUGAGCCAUGUGGAUUCAGCCAAGCCGUGGGAGCUUUUGAGUUCAAUGGAGCCAUUGAAAAGUAUUGACGCAAUGCCAGGAAACAGAAGAUAGGACAGUGGGUAGAAAUAGAAUAGAUUCUUGUGGGCAAGCAUGCAACAAAAAGAAAGGUUUUAGUAGGAUAAAUGAGAAUAAAGUGCCAAUGGAGCUUUAUCAUUAAACAAUGGUGUGGGGCAUCAGAACAAUUCUUUGGAGGGACUCAAAAGGCUGUCAGGGGUGGGAGUAAGAAUGGAUUUCGUGUCCUAUGUUAAUUGAAUGUAUACAGAUUUUGGAUUUGAAAGCAGGUUUUGAAUAAAUGUGAGAAAGAUCAUUCA